UGCAAACACAGCCAGGGCUGCUCCUCUAUAAAAGGGGGAGAAGGAGGCUCCGGAUCCAUCACAGACCCAGAGGGGACGGUCUGUGACCAACACUGCUGCUCCCCCUCCUCAGCACCCAGCUCCCUCCCCCAGCAUGAAGCUCAUCCUCUGCACUGUGCUGUCCCUGGGGGUAGCGGCUAUCUGUUUCGCUGCUCCCCCCAAGACAGUCAUCAGGUGGUGCACCAUAUCCUCUCCAGAAGAGAAGAAAUGCAACAGUCUGAGGGACCUCACACAACAAGAGAGGAUUACAUUGACCUGUGUGCAGAAAGCAACGUACCUUGACUGCAUAAAAGCCAUUGCGGAGAAUGAAGCAGAUGCCAUUAGCUUGGACGGAGGUCAAGUGUUUGAGGCAGGCCUUGCCCCAUACAAGCUGAAGCCCAUUGCUGCUGAGGUUUACGAACAUACUGAAGGCUCCACAACCAACUACUACGCCGUAGCCGUUGUGAAAAAAGGAACUGAAUUCACUGUGAACGACUUGCGGGGCAAGACCUCCUGCCACACGGGGCUGGGCAGGUCUGCGGGAUGGAACAUCCCCAUCGGGACGCUCAUCCACCGGGGGGACAUUGAGUGGGAAGGCAUAGACUCAGGCUCAGUGGAGCAAGCGGUGGCCAAGUUUUUCUCUGCCAGCUGUGUGCCCGGUGCCACCACCGAGCAAAAACUGUGCCGUCAGUGCAAGGGGGACCCCAAAAACAAGUGUGCCCGCAAUGCACCUUAUUCUGGAUAUUCUGGAGCUUUCCAGUGUCUGAAAGAUGGAAAAGGAGAGGUAGCUUUUGUAAAGCACACAACUGUUGAAGAAAACGCCCCGGAUCAGAAGGAUGAGUACGAGCUGCUGUGCCUGGAUGGCGGGCGGCAGCCUGUGGACAGCUACAAGACCUGCCACUGGGCCAGAGUGCCUGCUCAUGCUGUUGUGGCUCGGGAUGACAGCAAGGCUGAAGAUAUCUGGAGCUUCCUCUCAAAAGCACAGAGCGACUUCGGUGUGGGCACAAAGAGUGACUUCCACCUCUUUGGGCCACCUGGAAAGAAGGACCCAGUCCUCAAAGACUUGCUUUUCAAAGACUCUGCCAUAAUGCUGAAGCGCGUCCCCUCGCUGAUGGAUUCCCAGCUCUACCUGGGCUUCAAGUACUACAGUGCCAUCCAGAGCAUGCGGAAAGAUCAGCUGACUCCCAGCCCCAGAGAAAACAGGAUCCAAUGGUGUGCAGUGGGCAAGGAUGAGAAGAGCAAGUGUGACCGCUGGAGUGUGGCGAGCAACGGAGACGUGGAGUGCACUGUGGCAGCCGAGGCAAAGGACUGCAUCAUUAAGAUCAUGAAAGGUGAAGCAGAUGCUAUUACCCUUGACGGAGGUCUGGUCUACACUGCUGGUGUCUGUGGCCUCAUGCCAGUGAUGGCAGAACGAUACGAGGAUGAAAGCCGAUGCAGCAAAGCAGAAGGACAACCAGCAUCAUACUUUGCUGUGGCUGUCGUGAAGAAAGGCAGCGACGUCACCUGGAACAAUCUGAAGGGCAAGAAGUCAUGCCACACCGCUGUGGGGAGGACUGCUGGCUGGAACAUCCCCAUGGGCUUGAUUCACAACAGAACAGGGAGCUGCAAUUUUGAGGAAUACUUCAGCGAGGGCUGUGCUCCUGGGUCCCCUCCUGACUCCCGCCUCUGCCAGCUGUGCCAGGGCUUAGAGGCAUUCUCGCAGGAGAAGUGCGUCGCCAGCAGCCACGAGAGAUACUUUGGAUAUACCGGAGCCUUACGGUGUCUGGUCGAGAAGGGUGAUGUGGCCUUUAUUAAGCAUUCCAUUGUCAAGGAAAACACUGGCGGCAACAACAAAGAUGAGUGGGCCAAAGAUCUGCAAAUGGAUGACUUCGAGUUGCUGUGCACUGAUGGGAGACGGGCACAUGUCAUGGAUUACAGGGAAUGCAACCUGGCUGAAGUUCCUACCCACGCUGUGGUCGUGCGCCCAGAGAAAGCAAGCAAAAUCCGUGAGCUGCUGGAGAUACAAGAGAAACGGUUUGGAGUAAAUGGAAGUGAGAAAAGCAAAUUCAUGAUGUUCGAAUCUCAAAUCAAAGACCUUCUGUUUAAAGACUCAACAAAGUGCCUGUUUAAACUCCAUGACGGAAUGACAUACAAGGAGUUCCUCGGAGAUAAAUACUAUGCCGUGAUUUCCAGCCUCAAUACAUGCAACCCAUCAGAUCUCCUCCAGGUGUGCACCUUCCUUCAGGACAAAGGACUCUUCCUCCCCUUCCUUGCCACUAUCCAGACGCGGCCCCACACGUACUACAACUCCCAGCAGACCCCGCGGCACCCCGACAACCGCGGGGACGUGUGCGUUGGGGCGGUCAUGGCGGGCGCCAUGGAGCCGUACCUGGAUUCGCUGCGGCGGGAACUGCAGGCGCCUGGCCCUGCCGCUCUUUCCGUCCUUUUGGCAUUGCUCGUCGUCGCCCUCACGCUCCUGCUGUGGAGGCUCGCGCAGGGCGCAAGGAGCAGCCGCAGGGCCGUGCUGCUGCUAGGCCUCUGCGACGCAGGGAAGACGCUGCUGUUCGCCCGGCUGUUGACAGGCAGAUACCGAGAUACGCAGACCUCGAUAACCGACAGCUCUGCCGUUUACAGAGUGAGCAACGACAAGAGCACUAAUGUGACUUUAAUCGACCUCCCAGGCCACGAGAGCUUGCGGCUUCAGUUCUUGGAGAGGUUCAAGGCUGCAGCCAGGGCCAUUGUGUUUGUGGUGGACAGCGUAGCCUUCCAGCGGGAGGUGAAGGAUGUGGCAGAGUUCCUGUACCAGGUCCUGGUUGACAGCACCGUGCUCAAAAAUGCACCCGCACUGCUGAUUGCUUGCAAUAAACAAGAUGUCACAAUGGCAAAAUCUGCAAAACUUAUUCAACAGCAGCUGGAGAAAGAGCUCAACACCUUACGAGUGACCCGCUCUGCAGCCCCCACCAGUCUGGAUGCCUCAGCCACUGGGGGCCCUGCUCAGCUGGGGAAGAAGGGCAAGGACUUUGACUUCUCUCAGCUGCCCAUGAAGGUGGAGUUUGUGGAGUGCAGUGCUCGUGGCAGCAAGGGAGAGGAUGGAGAUGCUGACUUUGAGGACCUUCAGAAAUGGCUGGCCAAGAUUGCCUGAACAGAGAGGGGCAGGGUGGGAAGGAGAGACCUGAGGAGGUGGGGGACACAUUUGGUGAGUGAAAGAAAAUAGAUGGUUUGAAGUACUCAGAUCUUACUGAAGGAGAAAAUGAAAGCUGGAAAAGCAUUGCAUUGUCUUCCUCUGCUUGGGAGCAUAUAACAAUUACUGGUGUGAUUUCCUCUGUCUGUCGCACUACCACCUUUUUUUCCUCUCUCCUCUACUUUUUUCUGCAUUGCUGACCCAGUAAGCUUCUGUGUUUCCUUGAAAUCUUUUUGGCAUUUGCAUUAGACAGCUGCCAGGCAACUUAGGAAGGAACACACCGCCAGGUGAGUCUAGAAACUGUAAUCUGUCCUUUUCAGCUUUGUUUUAGUAUUGCAUUGCUGUUACUUCAUGGAGUGACUGAUCGCCUCCUGAUUCUGACUUCUUUCUGCAGCCUUUUGCUGCUUAGGAGUGCUGCCCUGGCAAAGUGCACGGAUUCUCUCCAUUGGGCAGUCACUAGGGUGAAUAUAAAAAGCUGUUUUCCUCUUGUCUUCUAUCUGUCUCCUCAUUCUUCCAGACUUGUUAAAUUUCAAAAGCAAGCUGGUUGAUCUGUGUCUGGCUGUGGUGCCUUUCUCUCUGGUUGAUUCCUUCUGCUGGACAGUUCUUGGGAGUUUUUCUAUCAGGGCUACUCUGUCUUGAAACUUUUUUCACGCUGUUCCUCUUUCUGUACUUCAAGCUCUUCUCCCAGCAGAUGUGUUUACGCACUCCCUGAAUGACAGGUACAGAAUGGUCCUAGCUUGAACCAGUGAAACUUUCCAAAGGACCUUUGCUUUCCUUUUUCCUUGCUGUAGGCAGGAGCAUUGGUUGUGUAAAGGGGGGCCUUGCAGCAGCAUCUGUGGUGUUCAGGUGGGAGAUGAUGAGACCCUGUGCUUCAGUUUUCCCUUCCUGAACAACAGUUUUAAAAUACUGUCAGUUGCCCUGCCCAGCAGCAUGAUGCUCUGGUGGGAUGCUGGUGAGGAGGAUUACUCUCCAGGAUUCAGUGCUGGGAUUUGCCAGGUCCUACUGCAUUAAGUUUUUUCGUCUUCUUUUGCUGUUUCCUGUUUUAGCUUUAGCAAGUGUAUGGCUCCUGAUGGACCUUUACAGGCUUCUCUCUGGCUUGGUGCUUGUUUAAUGACUCAUCUGAUCUGUUGUGUUCUUUCCUUUCUUUCUGGGCCUCCUCUGACUCUUUGUAGUAUUGCCAAGUGUUCAUAGUGAUGGGAAGAACCUGUGCUCACAGUGGAGAUCUUCAGAGCAAGCUGGGAUGUGUGCUGUCUAUAUAGGAGACAUAUUUAUAUUUGCUGCAGCCAGAGCAUUGCUGAAGUGUGUUUGUUGUGCUUGAACUCCUUUUGCUGGAGAAUAUUGCUGUUUGCUUGGGUGGUAGUUCUGCUUGCUAAGACCUACCUCCUUCAGAAGCAGAGACCAAGCAUCGCCAUCUGGUGGGAUAAAGUAGCGUGAGGCCCUGUUUGGUUUUAAGUUAUUCUUUUUGAAAAAAUAUUCCUGUAAUAAAGCAUUUGACUAAA